GUAUAAAGCAAUACAAGGUUGGUUGAGCUAUGAAUGAGGAGCCAUCAUCCCGGCGGCUCGAAUGUGGAAAAUACUGUUAAAAGUCUAACUACAGACGUUUAAAAUGAGCAACCAAAGGUUUUGGACAGGUACCUAGGUCUCCGUUCAUCAGCUCCGUAUCUUUUUGUUGGAUUUCGUCGGAUUCUCUUCUUUGUGCUUUUAUAUUUCUAAGAUUUCAAGAAGUAUUUUGGAUCUUUGUAAUUGUGACAAAACUCACAGAGCGCACAUACGGCUCAGGGUCAUCAAUUGCAUCAGUCUUUCUACACUUCCCCCUCUUUUUGAUUUUCGGCUACUUUUUAAGCAACAAGUAAAAAAAAAAAAAAAAAAAAUCCUGUCUCCUAAUACAUAGCCAAGAAACCAUGUCCUCCAUCCUUCCUUUCACUCCCCCUGUUGUGAAACGCCUCCUGGGAUGGAAGAAGACUCCAGUAAGCAGCGGAGGAGCCGGAGGAGGAAUUGGAGGAGUUGGGGAGCAGAAUGGAGGAGGACAGGAAGAGAAAUGGUGUGAGAAAGCUGUGAAAAGCCUGGUGAAGAAGCUGAAGAAGACAGGCCAGCUGGAUGAGCUGGAGAAAGCAAUCAGCACACAGAACAGCAACACAAAGUGUAUAACAAUACCAAGCAAUUGUUCAGAAUUUUGGGGUCUAGGCUCAGGCCACUCGAUAGAGCAGUGGGACUCUACAGGCUUGUAUGGAUACCAAGACCACAGCAGGUCAUUGGACGGGCGUCUGCAAGUCUCUCACCGCAAAGGCCUGCCUCAUGUCAUCUACUGCCGCCUAUGGAGAUGGCCUGACCUUCAUAGCCACCAUGAGCUGAGGGCCAUUGACACAUGCCAGUAUGCAUUCAACCUCAAAAAAGACGAAGUGUGCGUCAAUCCCUAUCACUAUCAGAGAGUGGAGACGCCUGUUCUCCCUCCAGUGUUGGUGCCACGCCACACAGAGAUUCUGACAGAGCUCCCACCUCUAGAUGAUUUUACCAACUCCAUUCCUGAAAACACCAACUUCCCUGCAGGCAUUGAACCUCCUAACAACUAUAUACCUGACACUCCUCCGCCUGGCUACAUGAGUGAAGAUGGGGAGACCAGUGAUCAGCAAAUGAAUCAAAGUAUGGAAUCAGGUUCACCAGCAGAAAUGUCACCAAGUACACUUUCACCUGUCACCGGCAUGGAUCUCCAGCCAGUCACCUACAGUGAACCUGCGUUCUGGUGCUCCAUAGCUUACUAUGAGCUGAACCAGCGGGUCGGGGAGAAUUUCCACGCCUCCCAACCAUCCUUGACCGUCGAUGGCUUCACUGACCCCUCCAACUCUGAGCGCUUCUGUUUAGGACUUCUGAGCAACGUUAAUAGAAAUGCAACAGUUGAAAUGACAAGGAGACACAUAGGUCGUGGCGUCCGGUUGUAUUACAUUGGUGGAGAGGUAUUUGCAGAGUGCCUCAGUGACAGUGCCAUUUUUGUACAGAGUCCCAACUGCAAUCAACGAUACGGCUGGCAUCCUGCCACAGUCUGCAAAAUACCUCCAGGCUGUAACCUGAAGAUUUUUAACAACCAGGAGUUUGCAGCGCUGCUGGCCCAGUCAGUCAACCAGGGCUUUGAGGCGGUGUAUCAGCUAACCAGAAUGUGCACAAUCAGAAUGAGUUUCGUCAAGGGCUGGGGAGCUGAGUACAGGCGUCAGACAGUAACCAGCACCCCUUGUUGGAUUGAGUUGCAUCUCAACGGCCCCCUCCAGUGGUUGGAUAAGGUGUUGACCCAAAUGGGUUCCCCCUCAGUACGCUGCUCCAGUAUGUCCUAAACAGGGUUCCCAAAACAAAGUUAGACAUUUCUCAACUUCGGAGCAGUUUAUUCUAAAAGUGAUCACCAAUCAGUCUUAAAUUAUGUUUUUCAAACUUCUUGUAAACACACUUGGAGCGAUAACAAAUGUCAUACGAUGGACCUGGGGAAUAAAAGUGGCAUCCCAAGCUGACUGUACUGGAAUGGUGACAGUAAUGUGGUCACUGGACCUGAAUUCCUUCUCUAGCUUUGUUGGAUUAGCAUCCGGCUGAUGUUCCACUUAAUUUCAGCCCAAUACCUGAAAUCCAACUGCAAUAUUUAAACCCUAAUUGAUGUCAUAGUGGCCCGGCCAGCGUCUGGGCUCUGGUUGAAGUAAAAAAAAAAAUACAAAGUAAUUUUAGAAAACCUAGUAGAAGGAUAGAUCCCCCUUCUGUGACACAGCAUUGGUUUGGGGGAUCAGGCAUGCAACCUAGUACCAUUAAAAUGCAGUCUUAAACAAGUUCACCAUGAUUUAUCACAACCAAAUGACAGCGUCACAACUCUGACACACUACUGCCACUUUAGUCUUAUGUUUAACCGCAAUAAAUUCCCCCCCACUGGGCAUGCCUUUUUUUUAAUACCCCAAAUGAAUAACUAAAUGUCCAUUCCUCGUUAUUAGAUAUGUCCCUCCUCCUCUCCAACUCAGUACUGUUUCUUUUGUGAUUAUAAACUGAUGAGGCUGCACUGCAUGGUUUUCAACUAUCAAACAUGAUACACGCUAAGUUUAACGCACUCCAUUUUUGUCAUUUGAACACAAAAACACACACGUACUCUCAGUACGCUCAGUGGAAACAUUCAGCCAUGGCUGAGAGAAAAUUCAAAUUAGUUUAUUUUUUGCAGAAACUACCUAAUAAUAAAAAUGUCAGUCAUAAAAUUGAGAUUUUUCUCAGCAAAAAGUAUAGUGUUAUUGAAAAACACAAAAGUGAUCAAUCCUUUUUGUUCACUCCAUACUGUCUUUAGAAGAAAAGCAUUGUGGUGGACCUGAAGAUACCCUAGACUAAAGCUAAACUCAAAGAUAUUCUAUUAUGACUACUUCUGUGUGACAGAUUAGAAAAAGAAAUAUUCAAGAUUAUUCACAUAUAUUAAAAAUGCAUGUUUCUUAAACGGAUGCAGUUUUUUUUACAAUUUAUUGACAUAAAAAGUCUUACCACGUGGGACUUUAAUUUACAAAGUAGCUUCUAUGCUCUUCUUGCACUGCCCCCAAUGAUGCACCCUCAAGAACGUUGCCUUUCAUGGAAAAAUACAAGUUAUCCCCUGAGUUGAAAAUCCCCUUUAAAAUUCAGGAUAUUUUUUUCUCUUUUGCAUUACAAUACAUUUUUGUUUCCCAAAUUGUUUUUCUUGACUUGUUAAUGAGUGUUUGAUGAAAUAUUUGAUUUGAAUGAGAUUUCUGAUCGAAAAACCAGCUUGUACAUUGGUAUUUUAAACUAUUUGAGCUUUAAGUGUUUAAAAAAGCUAGUUAUACACAUCUAUUAUUUUCUUUACACAAUCUUUUAGCUACAUUUUUGUAUUUUUAUGUAUUUUUUAUAUAUAUGUAUAUGCUAAAUGUAUUUAAAAUCUUAAAAGCUUUCCUUUUUUUCCUUAGACCCUGAUUACAGCUUGAUGUUGGCAUGUAAGAUGUAUGUUGAAUAGAAUAGACCAUUUUUAUAAUAUCUACCACUCAUGGGAGGUAUUACUGCAAAGCUGUCCCACUUGUUGUUUUCCUUUUGUUUAAACCUUGACUUAAAUUACCAAGGAUAUUUUUUAAAGUUACUGCCUUUUAUGAAAUCACAUAGCUAGAUAACAUUUCUUUUCUGAUUAUUACCUAUUUCUUUUGAUUUUAAGAUUUGUUUUGAAGUUGCAUAUUAAAUAUGUUGUAGAAAGUCAAAAUGAUGGGUCACUGAAGGUUUAGUUUCCAAUUUAAUGACUGAAUUUUUGAUUGUUGUUAAAUGUGCACACUGUUAGCAUCCUGCCAUUACUGGAAUUUAAGGCUUGCCUUUGAGGCUCAUAAAUGCUGGUUCUGCAGGGUAACUAUUGUAAAGUUGUUGAACUCUGGUUCAUCAUAAAUAAUUCAUCACAAAAACAGUUCUCGUCAUUUAGCUAAAAACCUUCUCAUAGCCUAAAAUCUGUUAAGUGCUGCGUUGUACGUGUCUCUGUACAAAAUCUCUCAUCUGUCUUGUAGUUUCGCUGGUCUGUACAUUGUUUUUUUCAUUUGUUUGGAGAAAUGUUUCAACUCAUCUGAGUCCAGCCAAUGUUUUACCAGUGCAAACAAAAAUGUAUUUUCUUUCAGGUUAUUCUAUUCCAAAACUGCAAGUUUGUUCUAUGCAUUGAUAUCUGUUUGUUUGGUCUGUACUUUAAAAAAAAAAAGAAAACCUCCUAUCAGGAUAUAUUUAGUGUCUUUGCUGAUUGCUAGACUUGCAAUGUGUGCAUAUUGCCAGAAUCCAGCAGAGGCGUUUACCUCUGCCUUUGUUUUAUCUUCAUUUUUUUUUUAAAUAAGUGCCACCUCGGAUUGUACCAUAAGUCCAGUCAGCUCUGCUCAGUUUUAGAAGGAAGUGGAAGAAAAUGAGUUUUCAUGAAGGACUGAGUCAAGGUCAGCAUUCCUACUAACAGAUCAUACUGUACUUUUACCUUUUUUUUAAUUUUUUUUUUCCCUUAUUGUGAUGACAAUUGUGUAUUCCAAAGUAAGCCUCUUUCUAGCAAACCUGUAACAAAGUGGCUUCAUGGGGAGAGUGAGAUUCCUACAUGUCAUUAGUAAUGUUUUAUAGUUGUACUUUUUUUUUUUUUUUACAUGCUAUUUGUGCUUGCUGUCAAUGAAGCAUAUUCACUAGGGAUCAAUUUCUUAGAAUUCCUCUGUUCUUUAAACACAGAUGAUCUUCAUAGGCUUUUCAACUAUCCAACAUUUAUGAAUUUUUAAGGUGUACACUAAUAAAGCUGUUUUAGCUCAGCUGAAAA